AUGAAUGACAUUGAUAUACGAGAAGAUAAGUUGACGAGCUAUGUAGAAAUGGAUCCUUUGUCCAUAACAAAAAAAAAGAAAAAGAAAAGCGGUAAAAUUUUGAAAAAAAAUAAAGCAAAUAAAAUCUCUGAUAAAAAAAAGAAAAAGAAAAAACAAAAAAAACUGGACAAUAAAGAAGUAAACAUUUCAGAGGAAGAAAAUAGUACCACUGAUAAUCCUCAACAUUUUAGUGAUAGCCAAUCGGAUUAUUCUAAUUCAGAUUUUACUUAUGAAAAAAAAAAAAAAAAUAAAAUAAAAAUAACACACGAUGAUGAAGAAAGUAAAUACUCAUCAGCAAAAUUUAUAAACUUUUUAAAGGAUUAUAAUGAAAAUGAAGGAAAAAAAAAUAAAAAAAAUAUGACUAAUGCAGAGAGUGAUGAAUCAGGAGAUGAUGGUGAUAAUGAUAGUGCAUAUAAUUAUCUUUCCCAAAAUAAUGAUAUAUAUAAAAUAAAAGGAAAUGGUGAGACACUAGAUAUUACAGAUUUAAUUGGAUUAGAUGAUAGCAUUUUAGAGAAUAAUAUAGUUAAGGAUAUUUAUUCGUUAAAGACAGAUAAAAAAAAUAAAAAUAAACACAUGUCUGUUUUAGAAGAACAAAAAAUAAAUUCUCAAAUGACAUAUAUAAAAAAUGUAGAAGAUUUAAAUAAAAUAAAUAAAUCAUACAAUAUUUUACAAAACUCAUGGAGAAUAAUGUUUGGUCAUAGCAAAGAUGAAAAUAUAACUUCAGAGGAAUAUAUCAACAAAAAUUUACUUAAAAGGAAUAAUAAUCUAAAUAAUAAUGACAUAAAUAGUGGUGAACAUGCUUUAGUUAAGGAUAGCCAAAUUAAUACCCCAAAACAAUUUAAUGUGUUUGACUUUGAAGAAGAAAUGAAAAGGAAUUUAGAAAAAUCGAAAAUGCUUAUUGUUUCUGAUGAUAUAUUAAAAAGUGAAAAAGAAAAAAAAAGAGAACAAUCUAAAAAAAUAGCACAAUUAAAAUCUUUAUUAGCUAUGGAACGAAAAAAACAUGCAUUAAGAAAACAUAUUAAAUCAAAGUCGUAUAGAAAAUAUUUACGAAUUAAAGAAAAAAAAGAACAUGAAAAAAUGUGGGAUAAAUUAUAUUCUGAACAUCCUGAAUUAGCAAUAAAUAUUAGCAAUUAUGAAGAUGAAUAUGCUAAAAAAAGAAAUGUAAUAAAUAAUGUAAAAAAAAAAAGAAAAAUUUUUAAUCUUCUUAAUAGAUAUAAAAAUGAAGAAUUAAAAAAAGAAAUGUUAAAAUCAUUUCAAAUGGAUAAAGAAGAAAAAAAUAUGCUUAAAAAAAUUGUACAAAAAACAGCUAUUCAACAAGGUAUUGGAGAAGAAUAUACAUUUGGUGAUAUAAAUUCAAAACAUCAAGAAAUUGAAAAUAAUACAAUUUCUAAUGAUACUGAAAGUGAUGAAAACAAUGAAGAAGGUAGUAUAGAUAUCGAAAAUGAACGAGCAAAAAAUGUUAAAAAGGAAUUAAAAAAAAGAAAUUUAUUAAGAUUUUCUUUUAUGAAAAAUGCAGAAGAAAAAAAAAAAAAUGAACAAAUUUAUAAAAAAAGAAAACAAUUAUUAGAAAAAGUAGAUAAUAAGAAAGACGAAUAUGAUUCUUUAUUAAAUUCAUCUGAUGAUGAAAACGAACAAAAUAGCCAACCCGAUCAAAAGGAACUUUCCCUUCUUGAAACUCCACAAAUUUCAAAGUUGAGUACUAAGGAAGUUGAAAAAGCUAAAUUACAAUUAAAACAAGAUAUAGAUUUGGGAAAUAUGCUACGAAAAAAUUCUGUCCUAAAUACAAAUAAUGUUAUAAAUCUCAACUUCGAAUUAAACGAGAAUGAAAUCGAGGAACCAGCUAAAGAGACCGAAAAUGAUAACACCGAGGAAAAGGUUGAAGAACAAAUUGAAGAAAAAGGUGAAGAAAAAGGUGAAGAAAAUGGCAGGGUGAAGGACGCCAAAAUAAAUGACCUUGUAGAUAUCGAUAAAAUAAAUGAUGAAGAUGUUUUGAAACAAUAUGGAGAAAAACUAACUGUAUAUAAUUUUGAAAAUAAUAUUUAUGAAGAUUAUAUAAAUAUAAACGAUACUAUUAAUAAUAGAGAAGAUGAAGAACUAUUUGAAUUAAGUGACAGUGAAAAAAUAACAGGAGAAGAUUUAAAUGUAAAUGAAUGGUGUAAUUAUAAUACAUUAAUAGAAAGAGAACAAAAUAUAAUUAAAAAAGAAAAAGAAAUUAUUGAAAAAAAAAAAAAUAUGCCAUUACAUACUAUUAAUGUUCUUAAUAAAAAAGAUAAAAAAUUUGAUGUAUAUUAUGUCGAUAAAAUACCAUAUCCAUAUGAAAAAAAUGAGUAUGAAAAAACAUUAAAUAUAAAUAUAAAUAAAGAAGUUAAUGAUAUUUCUACAUUUAAAAAAUUAAUAGCACCACAAAUGACCAAUAAAGUUGGAAAUAUUGUUUCUCCACUAGUUCACAAUCCAUUUGAAAUUGCAAAUAUAUUAACUUUAAGGAAGAAAAAAAAUAAGGCAAAAUUGUGA